UAUCGCGAGACUUUCCAACUCUCAAUCCCCGCUUAAGUCUCGCGGUACUUCCGUCCUUCCUCCUCUUUCACUCCCUGUGUUCAACAUGGCAGUCGGCAAGAAUAAGAGACUGACCAAAGGUGGCAAGAAAGGUGCCAAGAAGAAGAUCGUUGAUCCUUUUUCCAAGAAGGACUGGUAUGAUGUCAAGGCACCAGCCAUGUUCAACAUCCGCAACCUGGGCAAGACUUUGGUCACCAGGACUCAGGGAACCAGAAUUGCCUCUGAUGGGCUGAAGGGUCGUGUUUUCGAGGUGAGUCUCGCUGACUUGCAGAACGACGAGGUCGCUUUCCGCAAGUUUAAGCUCAUAACUGAGGACGUGCAAGGCAAGAACUGCCUCACUAACUUCCAUGGCAUGGACCUGACCCGUGACAAGAUGUGCUCUAUGGUCAAGAAGUGGCAGACCAUGAUUGAGGCUCAUGUGGAUGUGAAGACCACCGAUGGGUAUCUUCUGCGCCUAUUUUGUGUGGGCUUCACCAAGAAGCGCACCAACCAGAUCAGGAAGACCUCUUAUGCUCAGCACCAGCAGGUUCGCCAGAUCCGCAAGAAGAUGAUGGAGAUAAUGACCCGUGAGGUGCAGACCAACGACCUGAAGGAGGUGGUAAACAAAUUGAUCCCUGACAGUGUUGGCAAGGACAUCGAGAAGGCAUGCCAGUCCAUCUACCCCCUCCAUGAUGUAUUUGUCAGGAAGGUGAAGAUGCUGAAGAAACCCAAGUUUGAAUUGGGCAAACUGAUGGAGCUGCAUGGGGAAGGCGGUACCAGCAGUGCAGCAGCCAAGCCCGCUGGCGAGGGAGGAGACACUGGAGUCAAGACGGAGCGCGCCGACGGCUAUGAGCCCCCAGUUCAGGAGUCUGUCUGAGCUCAGAUGUUGAAUAAAAAAAUGUAAAUUUAA